ACCGCCGCACGGGGCUCGGCAGCGGGACCGGAAGCCGGGCGCGAGGUGCGCGCUCCCGACGGCACGCUGCUGUACCGGCUGCCCCGGGGUGUGCUGUGAGGGGCCGCGGGGACACCGCCUCCCCCCGCGCCCGGUCCGCCCCGGCCAUGGGCUCGGACGCUGCACGGCUCCUGGACGCGGCGGACUUCGCGGCCCAGAAGCACCGGGAGCAGCGGCGGAAGGACCCCGAGGGCACCCCCUUCAUCAACCACCCCCUCGCCGUCGCCCGGAUCCUGGCCUGCGAGGCCGGUGUGACGGACAUCGAGCUGCUGCAGGCCGCUCUGCUGCACGACACGGUGGAGGACACGGACACCACGUUCUCGGAGCUGGAGGCUCGGUUCGGCGGCGCCGUGACCGGCCUGGUGCGGGAGGUGACGGACGACAAGGAGCUGCCUCGGGCCGAGCGCAAGCGGCUGCAGGUGGAGCGGGCACCGGACCGCAGCCCCCGCGCCAGGCUGCUGAUGCUGGCCGACAAGCUGCACAACCUGCGGGACAUCACCCGCUGCCCCCCGGCAGGGUGGGGGCCGGAGCGCGUGCAGGAGUACUUCCGGUGGGCGGCGCAGGUGGUGUCCGGUCUGCGCGGGACCAGCCCCGCGCUGGAGGCGGCGCUGGAGGCGGUGCUGGAGCCGGGACCGGAACCGGGGCCGGGGAGCGGGGGCCAUGCGGGGCGCGACAGCCAAUAAACGUGCACGGAGCCGA